CGUUAGGGUUCAUGUCACUGUAAGCUAUUCAAAAAGAGGGCGAAAGGUGCGACAUCAGGAUCUUGUGGUUCUCUUGAUAAUAAAGGUUCUCUCUCUCUCUCUCUCUCUUUCUCUCUCGGCUGUUGCGCUCUUUCCCUCUCUCUGUAAAUGCUAUCGUCUGUUCAAAUUCCAUAGUCGCCUAUCCGGCUGCACUUACUUUCAUACGCUAUAAACGUUUGCUGGGUCUGAAAAUGCAAUGUUGAUGGGAAGAACGUUCUAAUGUCCUUCUGGGGAAUACAAGGGCGACACGACACUGUUUCAAGAUAGACAGAGGUGUCCUCACACGCGUAUCACAAUGGAUCUCUCAUUUAUGGCUGCGCAGUCGGUCAUGGCGGGGGCUUUCAUGGACUCGCCUAAUGAUGACGACAGCACGGACCACUCACUUUUCAACUCCUCGGCCAGCGUCCACGCCGCCUCUAUGGCGGCCCAUGACCAGCCGGAGCGGGAGCCCAUGUCCCGCGACGCCAUCUGGCUUUGGAUUGCAAUCACCGCCACCAUAGGGAACAUUGUGGUCGUGGGAGUGGUGUACGCUUUCACUUUCUGAGUGGUGGAAGCCAUGAUGGAGACAUGCCAGCAGGAGGAAGCUUCUGGACAAGACAUUUGGACAUGAGCUAGGAACACCACAGCAGCCAACGGCCACUCUCAAAGGCUACACUGUUACAGAACAGUGAAUGAUUCUUGCAUUGGCAUCUUGUCCAAUCAUUUGAAAGACAAGGCAUUGUUCACAAUUACAGAAAUUAAUAUGUGUAAUAAGUUGGUCAUGUUACUGCAGCCAAAGGUCAAAAUAUGGAAUAUUGUAUACAUUAGUGCUGUUGACUAUACAUUAAGAUGUGAACAUUUCUGAUGAAGCUUUCUGAUGAAGCUUUAAAUAGUGAACAGUGAUGUACUCUGAAUACCCUCAGAUGUCAUUGGUCAAUUCUUUAAUCAUUGGACGUAAAAUAUUCAGAUAAUAAAACCUUAGUAACGUGCUGUUUGGAGCGUUUAGAGAUCAUUGUAUGGAAAGUAACACUGGUAAGUUUUAGCAUGUCUUUAACAUCACAGUCGUUACUGUAUUCUACAUCUGCCCGAAAUAUGGAGUUUAUGACAAACAUACUAGACACAAAAUGUCUAAAGAUCUUUACUGUCUGCAUGACAAUAUAGUUCACCUGACAGUAUCCGUUUUGGAUUAAGUUAAUCUAGUUCUCCGCUUUUCUCCUCUUUUUUGCCUCAGUGAGCCUUGAGUGCUGAAUAGACAAUCUUUUCCCAGCAUAUUUAUAUCUAAGGUGGUAUGGGUAACCUAAAUCUAUUUCUCUUAAACACCCCUAUCAGACCUCAAACCCAUAUGAGCAGGAACUACAAUUUAUAGGAAUGGAUGUUCACCUUGAACACUUUUCACAGAUGUUUACAUGUGGAAACAACAUUCCUCACACUUAGAAGUCACUUGGAUUCAAGUCUAGUGUACAUACAUCUUGAUGUGACUGCAGUAACCAUUUCAAUGUCGGUCUUGAUGUAUAUUUUGAUCGAGUAUUAUCUUUCUUCCUCUUUAUAGUCUCAAAACACAUUGUAACCCAAACUGCCUUCCAAGCCAAAUAGUUUUAAUGAGCCCUGGAUGUGACAAUAGCCAGUUGCCAUAGCGAUGCAUCUCUGUCGCUAUGUGCCUCAAGGAUACCAUGUCUCUCGUUCCCAGUGCAGCACACCUGUUUAUCUCUCUCUAAACUCCCUAGCACAUCUACCCAAC